AUUGCUUCUUAUUUAUUUUACGAUGCACCGACACACCAUCUUCACUAAAUUUCACAUAAAAUCUCUCGAAUUACGUACUUCUCUCGAAAUCACGCGUACUACAAACGGUACAAACUGCAAUUCUUUCAGAGAAAAGGACACAACCAACAUACAGCACAGUGCGACAAAGAUGCAAUCAUAACAGUUGUAGUAACCUGAUAUUAUCAAACAUUUAAUUUUUCGAAGUUGAUACACCUGGGAUCUGAGCGGUAUUCGAAGCGAAAAAGGGGCGUGGUUUGCGGAUUUUGCACACACCAUGGGUGCGUUCCGUUUCACGCAUGGAUUGCAUGGGACGACAACGCAUCGCAUGAGCGCAUGAGCUUGUUCCGUUUUUCCUAUUGCUUUUAUGCGCAUAGAAAAACGGAACGAAUUCAUGCGCACAGCUACGCGCUGUUUUCAAAUAAAUAUGGCGAAUGAAAUGCCGGUUGAUAAUGUGCUUUCUGUGGUUGCUUCUGUUAUUUGCAACCAGCUUGAUGAUUAUGAAAAAGAUGACAAAACUUCUUCGUCAUCUAGCAGCAGUGAAGAGAAUUCUAGCGAAGAAGAUGAUAUAUGCACAUUGUAUGCCAUAUUGAUGGUGAGUGAGACGCGGAGUGAAACUUUCCUGAAAGAAAAAUUAAAUGAUUAUGUGGAACAAGUUGUUCCAGGAUAUUCUAAAAUAAUUUUUAAAGAACAUUUUAGAAUAUUUCCAGAGACAUUUCAAAUAGUUUUAAGGUUUUUAAGGCCUGCUUUAAAUGUCACAAAUACUCGUGGAAGGAAACAAAUAUCUCCUGAGAAACAGUUUAUGAUAACUUUAUGGUUCAUGGCCAGAUUCAUAUCGGUAUUCGAUUAUGUUGAAACCACUAAAAGAAAUAAUAUAGUAUUGCAACUAUCUGUAUGCGUUAAAUUUGGUGUGGGAAAAGGCUACUGCAUUACGCGCUGUGAGACGUGUAACAUACGCCCUCCAUUGUCUAGCACCACGUUUUAUAAAAUGGCCAAGAGAAGAGGAAGCUACUCGUGUUAUUGAAGAAUUUCAAAAAGCAAAAGAUUUUCCAGGAGUCAUUGGAGCUGUUGAUGGCUCUUUUAUACAGAUACGAGCUCCUCAAAAAGAUGCAGCUUCCUACAUUUGUAGAAAAAAUUAUCAUGCCAUUCACCUUCAAGCUGUGUGUGAUGCUCGAAGUCUAUUCACACAUUGCUAUGUUGGCCAUGCAGGAUCUGUGCAUGAUGCGCGAGUUUUUAAGAAUUCUCCUCUGAUUUCAUCCAAAGGCCAGAUGAAUAUUUUCCUUCAGAUUCUCAUAUUAUUGGAGAUGCAGCAUAUACACUUCAUUCACAUUGCAUUGUACCGUUUAGAGAUAAUGGACACCUUACUACAAGGCAAAAGAAUUUCAAUUAUUGCUUAUCAUCUACUCGCAUGGCCAUUGAAAGAGCCUUUGGACUUUUGAAAGUAAGAUUUCGAAUUUUACUCGACUGUUUGCCUCUGACUGAUAUCACUAAGAUACCACAAUUUAUUAUUGCAUGCUGUGUAAUGCAUAACAUCUGCAUACAACAAAAUGAUCAUGUUGACGUUAUUAUCUGUCCCAACAAUGAAAAUAUUGUUCCUAAUAUAGCAGCAAAUAUAGAUUUGGGUAUCCUAAAGAGAACAAGAAUUAUGAACGAAUUGAGGAUGAGACUUGAAAAUGAAAAUAAUUAGCAGUUAUUAUGACAUACACCGUGCACAUUUCAUCUUUUUCGCUAAAAUUCUUUUCACUGUUACUAAACGACGAAGAGGUUUUGUCAUCUUUUUCAUUAUCAUCAAGCUAGUAGCAAAUAACAGAAGCCACCACGGAAAGCAUAGAAACAGUCUCGUUUGUUUAGGAAUGCCUAUUCAUUUAAGUUGCACGCGUAUCGGAGCAUAUUCAACAUAUUUCUUUUUAAUUAUUUACUACUUUAACACGGCCCAAUUUAUAUCCGAAGCAUGCGUUCUAAAUAUACCUCUGUGUGUACAAUUAUUAAAAGAGUUCAUAUCAAAAGUAAUUAUAAAAAGAAAAUAAAGUUUUAAAACUUUAUUUUUUUUUAUAAUUAUAUGUUUGAUUACUUAUUGUACAGAUUGCAUUAAGCAAUCUUGUUUGUUUAUAUAUACAAUUAUAAAAAGGUAAUAAAGGUUUUAAAUAAA